AUGGCUGCCCGCAGUAACUCAGUCGCCAGUCAGAGCGCCAACAUUCAGCAGCGUGCCUCGCAAAUAGCUGGACAGGUCGCUGCUGAGCAGGGAUGGCUUGAAAGCAAGCUAAAGCCGAAGAAGAUCACGGCCAGGUACCCUAUCAAGGGCAAGACCUUGUUGUUUGCAACAUGUGGCUUUGGCAGUCUUGGUGAUGCCUUGUUUGGUUACAACUCAGGUAUCAUGUCUGGCCUACUGGUUAAUCCAGUAUUCGUCAGGCGUUUCUUCAGCGACUACGGUGGCGCAGAUGGUAGCACAGCAGCUGUGAAUCCCUCCAUCACAGGAAUAUCUGUUGCUUGCCUACAAGCCUCCGCCGCUGUCGGUGCUCUCAUCGCCGGGCGUCUCGGAGACAUGAUCGGUCGCAAACGCACUGUCCGUCUCGGUGGUCUGAUAUACUUCCUCUCAGCUUUCAUCCAGAUUUUCGCUCCAGGUUUCGCAACUUUCGUCGUCGGACGUACGAUCCAGGGCUUCGGAGUCGGCUUCCUGUCCAUGACAGUUCCUAUCAUCCAAACCGAGAUUGCAGCACCCCAUGCUCGAGGCCUCAUGGUCGGCAUCGAAUACACAUGCCUGAUCGCAGGAUAUAUGUUGUCCUGCUGGGUUGACUAUGGCUUCCACUUCAUGCUUCCAGACGCGCUAUCUUGGCAGGGGCCAUUCAUCAUCCAGAUCAUCCUCUCGUUCAUCUUGGUGGUCAUGUCAUUCUUCCUCCCGGAAACUCCAAGAUGGCUAGCAAACAACGGGUUCAUGCAAGAAAGCCUUCAAACAGUCGCAGACCUGCACUCCAGCGGCGAUACCGACGCCCCGCACGUGCAAAAGGUGUUUCUCGAAAUCCAGGAGGCCGUCGUCUACGAAGCUGAGCUCGGCAAAGCUGGAUGGAUGGAAAUGUUCACCCGCUACCGCAAACGCACAAUCGUCGGCGUCACAGUGCAAAUGUUCGCUCAACUCAACGGCAUAAACAUCAUCUCCUUCUACCUUCCCUCCACCCUCUCCAGCGCCGGCUUCUCGGACGAGAAAUCCCUUCUCUACACCGCCGCGAACGCACUCCCUUACACCGCAGCCACUGUCGCAACCUGGUGGCUAGCCGAUCGCUGGGGCCGCAAGCCGCUUCUCAUCCUUGGCGGUGUCCUCAUGGCCGCUCUUCUCGGCAUCGUGUGCGCCUUCACAGAAGCUUCCAUGCCCAUUAUGACCCGCGCAAACGGACAAUUCGCUUUCAUCAUGCUCUACAACAUCGUCUACGGUUUCACCUGGGGUCCAAUGCCAUGGUUGUUACCUGCGGAGAUCUUCCCGCUGCGCAGCCGCAGUAAGGGCAUGGCGCUUGCGACGACGUCAAACUGGGUCUUCAACUUCAUCAUCGGCAUGGUUUCGCCGGACGCUUUUGCAGGUAUUGGUGGGUACUUUUACCUUGUCAUCGCAGGGUUCUGUCUCUUCUCCGCAGGCCUGGCGCACUUCUACUAUGUUGAGACGGCGAAUCAUUCGCUUGAGGAGAUCGCGAUUGCAUUCGGAGAUAGGGCUUUUGCUGAUGGGGAUGGUGAGGUUAUGGAGAGUGUCAAGGCUCAUGAUGAGAAGACGCAUAAUGACAAGGUCUGA